AAGGCACCAUGAAGAAAGCAGCAAUAGUUUGUCUUGCUUCAGUAGCUGGAACAGUGUCUGCUCUUAGCGUUCAUGCAAAGUGCAAAUCAAAAGCAUGGGAUUACAAUUGGGACUUCCGCCAGCCAUCAUCUCUUGUUAAACCUAACUCACCAGAUGAGGAUCUUGAGAAAAGAAAAUCAGCCACCAGACGGACCCUAUAUCUCAUUAGACAUGGUCAGUAUGAACUAGAUAAACAGCAUGAUAAAGAGAAAAUUCUCACUGAUCUGGGUCGUCAACAAGCUGAGUGCACUGGUAAGCAUCUUGCUAAGUUGGGUGUAAAAUAUUCUGAUUUAGUUAUCAGCACUAUGACCAGAGCAAAUGAAACUGGUGAAAUCAUUCUGAAACAGCUCAAUGAAACUGGUAUGGAGGUUCUAAAUGAAAACUUUGAAAUUGAAAAAACAGACCUGCUACGUGAGGGGCAUCCAAUUGAUUCUGUGCCCUCCAGUAGUAGAUUCAAACCAGAUUCAUGGGAGUUUACAGAUGGAGCACGUAUUGAAGCUGCUUUUCGGAAAUAUUUCCACAGAGCACAUUAUUCACAGAAAGAAGAUUCAUAUGAAAUAGUGGUGUGCCAUGCAAAUGUGAUCAGAUACUUGGUUUGCCGGGCAUCACAGAACCCUCCUGAGGGCUGGCUAAGGAUGAGUUUAGCCAAUGGAAGUAUAACUGAAGUUGUUCUUGAGCCAAAUGGAAAAGUUUCCAUAUCAGGAAUUGGUGACAAGGGACACAUGCCUAUUAAUAAGAUUACUUUUACCUAAAGUUUGUACAAUUUUAUUGAUCAGAAGAAUUUCUUAAACCUGCUCCCCUAGAAAUAAAUAAUCAAGUAAGAUAAAUGCUUUCAAAAACAAUUGUUUCAGAAGUGGCCAAUUUGAUUUUUCUGUUCCACAUAAUAUCUAAAGCUUUGCAUAAA